CCAGAAGCGAAUCAAAGUCCAACUCAAACACACACACUCAAUUUCAAAAUCACCAAAAGUCACGAUCCAUAUCCCUCUCUCUCACAGUCGCACUCUUCUUCGUCUUCAAACAAGAUCGUUCCUUGAUCUUCUCUACAUUCCCGGAGCUUCAAGAAUCAACAAAAUCUCGGACCCAACUACCUGAUUUUUUGAAACAAAUAUGGUUCCUUCUUCAACCUUUUUCAUCGCCAUAUCCGUUUGAACUCCCAAAUCUAAUAGGAGCCUGUGAAAAACAGAGACACAGUACAAAUCAUGGAGUUUCAAGAGGCAGUGAUGAGAGUUGUGGUCCAGAAACCCACCAAUCAAAGGGUGAAUUGGGACAAACACGAGAAACCCAAAUGGAAGGUCUCCCUCCACCGUUCCUCCUCCAAGCACGAGAGACGGCAGAAGCUUGAUGAUGAAGAUGAAAACCCUAAAGAGUUUCUCUGUCCUAUUUCUGGGUCUCUCAUUAACGAUCCGGUUAUUGUCUCCUCUGGUCACACUUUCGAGCGAGCGUGUGUUCAAGCUUGUCAAACCCUAGCCUUCGCUCCAUUACUCCCCGACGGUAUAACACCGGAUUUCUCCAAUGUUAUUCCCAAUCUUGCCCUCAAAUCUGCAAUUCUCAGCUGGUGCCACAAGUGCUCCAUAGAUCCUCCAAAACCUCUCGAUUUCUUCACUGCAGAGAAGAUUGUUCGUGCAUAUAUGGCGUCCCAUGCACAAAACAGCCCAGAUUCGGGUAGCGUCAGAGGAGACGAUAGUAUUAGCAUUUCGGAGAAGGAUUUGAUUCAAAGAGUGGAAGAGAAGCCUUCAGUGAAAUUCAUUCACUCCUCGUCGGAUAUAACUCCCCGCCCAACUCACACGCACUCGAGCUCCGACGAGUCAAUCGAGACAACAAUGUCGACUCCGCCUCUCCAAUUCGCGGCGCGACCGAGUUGUUUCUCUUCUUCCUCUUCAGACAACGAGGCCCUAAACCCUUACCCCAACCCUGAAGAAGAAGAAUUGAUCACAAAAAUGAAAAGCCCACAUGUGUUCGAGGUAGAAGAAGCCGUGAUGUCGCUCAGAAAAAUAACGAGAACCAGAGAGGACGGUAGGAUCACUCUCUGUACUUCCCGGCUACUCUCAGCCCUACGAUCCUUGAUCAUCUCCAGGUACACAAACAUUCAGGUGAACUCAGUCGCAUGUUUAGUCAAUUUAUCAUUAGAGACAGUGAAUAAGGUCAAGAUCGUACGGUCAGGGAUCAUCCCACCGUUGAUUGAUGUGUUGAAGGCAGGAUCCCCUGAAGCGCAAGAACACGCUUGCGGUGCAAUCUUCAGUUUAGCCCUUGACGAUGAUAACAAGACUGCGAUUGGGGUCUUAGGGGCUUUGCCUCCGCUUUUGCACUUGCUCCGAUCCGAUAGCGAGCGGACUCGUCAUGACUCGGCGUUGGCGUUAUACCAUCUCUCACUCGUUCAUAGCAACCGGACUAAGUUAAUCAAACUCGGGUCGGUUCAAGUUCUAUUGGCCAUGGCGAGGUCGGUUCAAAUGGCGAAUCGGAUCCUAUUGACUCUCUGUAAUUUGGCUUCGUGUGUGGAUGGGAGGGCGGCAAUGUUGGAUUCGGGUGCGGUGGAGUGUUUGGUGGGGAAACUUAGAGAAGGCGAGAUGAGUGAGUCGACUCGAGAGAGUUGUCUGGCGGCGCUGUUUGGACUGAGUCAUGGAGGUUUGAGGUUCAAGGGACUGGCGCAGGUGGCCGGAGCAGAGGAGGUGUUAGAGAGAGUGGAAAAGACGGGGAAUGAACGCGUAAAGGAGAAGGCGAGGAGCAUUUUGGAGACGAUGAAGGCGAAGAGCGAGGAGGAGGAGGAGGAGCAAGUGGAUUGGGAGAUGCUACUGCUUGACUCGGGAUCGGUGGGCGGGAGUGGUCAUCGACUCGGUGUGGGCAACACAGAGUCAAGAGCUAACUCGUCCGAGUUUUGAGUACAGGUUCCAAUUUCCUUUUAUUUUUGAACUUUAAUGUUUAUUUUGUGGGUUUUUGGGGGAUGGGUUGUAAUUAUUCCUGGAGCUCAUGAAAUGGGCUCUUAAGAUUUUUUUUGGGUUUGGGUAUUUAUUUCGUUUCUUUUUCACUUGGGAAAAAAAGUCAUGGUCCAUGGAUGACAAAGGUGUAAAUAAAGAGCUAAGAGAAUUGAUUCUGAAGAAUAAAAUAGCAACCAAUGUGUGUAUUGCUUUUGAUUUUGAUGA